CACUGUUGAAAAUUGUGAUUCUGUCGAAUUCGUGUUUUCUGUUUUGUUCUUUCUUUUUAAUAUUUGUUCCGUGUACAAUAAGUCAAGUCCUUAUUUUUUGGGAAAAUGAAGAUCGGCCUUUGCGCGUACAGCGGGUACAAAAUUUACCCUGGCCAUGGUAAAACAUUGGUCAAAAUUGAUGGAAAGAGUUACACAUUCCUAAACUCAAAAUGUGAACGUGCACAUUUAAUGAAGAGGAAUCCUCGUAAAGUAACGUGGACUGUCCUAUACAGGCGUAAGCACAAAAAAGGACAGGAAGAAGAAACUGCAAAGAAACGUACCAGAAGGACACAAAAGUUUCAGAGGGCUAUUGUUGGAGCUUCAUUGAAUGAUAUCAUGGCCAAGAGGAACCAGAGGCCUGAAGUUAGGAAAGCACAGAGAGAACAGGCUAUUAGGGCUGCCAAGGAACAAAAGAAAGGCACCAAAGUGACAAAGAAAGCAGCAGCCCCUGCUAAAGCCAAAGCAGCUCCCAAGCAGAAAGCCAACAAAAAUGUUCCAAAAUCUGCACCAAGGGUUGGAGGAAAACGAUAAACUUGAUAAUUGUAAAGUUUUGACAAAUAAAAUAUGAUUUAAGUUAAUCAUA